UCUGAGAUGUCUUUAACGAAACACAAACGGAUACACACUGGAGCAAGACUGUUCCAUUGUGAGAUCUGUGGAAAAUCGUUUCUUUGCAAUUCUCAUCUUGCAAUACACACACGUCGUCACACUGGGGAAAAACCAUUCAAGUGUGAAAUAUGUACAAAAUCAUUUGUCUGUAACAGUGUCUUAAACAGACAUAAAAGGAUCCACUCUGAUGAGAAACCCUUCAGUUGUGAGAUCUGUGGGAAAUCAUAUCUUAGAAAUUCUGAACUUUCAGUACACACACGUCGUCACACUGGGGAGAAACCAUUCAAGUGUGAAAUCUGUGGUAAAUCAUUUAUAAGCAAUCCUAACCUUGCAGUACACAUGCCUACUCACACUGGAGAAAAACCAUUCAAGUGUGAAAUAUGUGGUAAAUCUUUUGCCUGGAAAAAUGUACUUACAACUCACACGAAAAUCCAUACUGGGGAGAAACCAUUCAGCUGUGAAAUAUGUCGGAAAUCAUUUACUAAGAAUUCUCAUCUUGUGGUACAUUCUCUUUGUCACACCGAGGAAAAACCAUUCAAGUGUGAAAUAUGUCCAAAAUCAUUUGUUUCUAAAAGUGGGCUAACAACUCACAAAAAAGUCCAUAGUGGAGAGAGACCGUUCAGCUGUGAAGUAUGCGGAAAAUCUUUUAUUUACAAUUCUGAUCUUGUUCUACACACACGUAGUCACACUGGGGAGAAACCAUUCAAGUGUGAAAUAUGUGAUAAAUCAUUUGCCUGGAGAAAUGUACUUACAACUCACAGAAAAAUCCACUCUGGGGAGAAACCUUUCCACUGUGAAAUAUGUGGAAAAUCUUUUAUAAGCAAUUCUCAUCUUGCAGUACAUUCUCUUUGUCACACCAAGGAAAAACCAUUCAAGUGUGAAAUAUGUCCAAAAUCCUUUGUGUGUAAAAGUGGGCUAACAUUUCACAAAAGAACCCACUCUGGAGAAAGACUGUUUCAUUGUGAGAUCUGUGAGAAAUCAUUUAUAAGCAAUUAUGACCUUGCAAGACACACACGUGGCCAUUCUGGGGAAAAGCCAUUCAAGUGUGAAAUAUGUGCAAAAUCAUUUGUUUCUAAAAGUGUACUAACAGCUCACAAAAGAAUCCACACUGGGGAGAAACCAUUCAAGUGUGAAAUAUGUGCGAAAUCAUUUGUCUCAAAAAGUAGGCUAAAAAUUCACGAAAGAAUCCACUCUGGAGAAAACAGCUGUCAUUGUGAGAUCUGUGGAAAAUAUUUUCUUUGUAAUAGUGAUUUAAACAUACAUAAACGAACACACACGGGAGAGAAGCCGCACCAUUGCGAGGUGUGUGGAAAAAGUUUCACUCAAACUUCUAGUCUUGCAGUUCACAAGCGCAGCCAUACAGGAGAAAGACCUUUCCACUGCAUGGUUUGUGGCAAAUCUUACACUAAAAAUUCUAAUCUUGUUCUUCACUUACGUAGUCACACAGGUGAAAGACCUUUCCAUUGUGAAAUCUGUGGUAAAUCCUUCUCUGAUAAUUCUUAUAUUGUAGUUCACAGACGAACUCACACUGGAGAUAAACCUUUCCAUUGUGGAAUUUGUGGAAAGUCUUUUGUUAGUAACAGCCUCUUAAGCACACACAAAUUAAAGCACUCUGGGCGAAAACUGCAUCUCUGUGAAAUCUGCGGGAAAUGCUUCACUCAAAAUUCUACGCUUGUCAUACAUAAACGAAGUCACGCAGGAGAGAAACCAUAUCGUUGUAAUAUAUGUGGGUCAUUUUUUGUGACGAACAGUCACUUAACAGAACACGAAGCAAUACACAGAGAAGAGAAAGCAUUUCACUGCCAAAUCUGUGGCAAAUCUUUCUCAAACUAUUCUAAAGUUGUCAUGCAUAAACGAAGCCACACUGGAGAAAAACCGUAUCGUUGUGAAAUAUGUGGGGCUUUGUUUGCCUAUAAUAGUAACUUAAUUAAACACAAAAGAAUACACAGACGGGAGAAGACACUUGACUGUCAAAUGUGCGGGAAAUCCUUCGUUUGUAGCAGUGACUUAAUUAGGCAUAAACGAAUGCACACGGGGGAGAAACCUUUCCAAUGUGAAAUAUGCGGAAAAUCUUUUUCUCAGAAUUCCGGUCUUAUAAUUCACAAACAUAUCCACACGGGAGAAAAGCUUUUCCACUGUGAAGUAUGUGGGACAUCUUUUUUGUCGAACAGUGCCUUAACGAAACACAAACGGAAACAUACAGGGGAGAAACCAUUUGGCUGUGAAAUCUGUGGGAAAUCUUUCGCCUACAGCACUGACUUAACAAGGCAUAGAAGGGUCCAUACUGGGGAAAAACCUUUCCAAUGUGAAGUCUGUGGGAAAUCUUUUUCUCAAAAUUCUGGUCUUGUAAUUCACAAACGUCGUCACACUGGAGAGAAGCCAUUCCACUGUGAAAUUUGUGGGACAUCGUUUGUGUCUAAGAGUGGCUUAACAAGUCACAAACGGAUCCACACAGGAGACAAACCAUUUGGCUGUGAAAUAUGUGGAAAAUCUUUUGUUUGUAGCAGUGACUUAACGAGGCAUAGAAGGGUCCAUACUGGGGAAAAACCUUUCCACUGUGAAAUAUGUGGAAAAUCUUUUUCUCAGAAUCCUCAUCUUGUAAUUCACAAACGUGGCCACACUGGAGAAAAGCCGUUCCACUGUGAAAUGUGUGGGACAUCAUUUGUGUCUAGCACUACCUUAACACAACACAAAAGGAUACACUCAAAAGAGAAAGCAUUUGGCUGUGAAAUAUGUGGGGAAUCUUUUGUUUGUAGCAGUAAAUUAACGAGGCAUAAAAGACUGCAUUCUGAACAGAAACGCUUCCACUGUGAAAUGUGUGGAAAAUCUUUUACUCUGAAUUCUCGUCUUGUAAUUCACAAACGUCAUCACACUGGAGAGAAGCCAUUCCACUGUGAAUUCUGUGGGACAUCGUUUGUGUCUGAGAGUGGCUUAACAAAACACAAAAGGAUACAUAAAGUUGAAGGACGUUUUUUUUGUGAAAUCUGUGGGAAAUGUUUUGCAUCUAACAGUAACUUAACAGAACACAAAAGGGUCCAUGCAGGGGAACAACGUUUUCCUUGUGAAAUCUGUGGGAAAUGUUUUGCAUAUAACAGUAACUUAACAGAACACAAAAUACUACAUAGUGAAGAAAAACCUUUCCAUUGUGAAAUAUGUGGUAAAUAUUAUGCUUAUAAAAAUAAUUUAAUGACACACAAAAGACUGCACAGUGGAGGAAAAAAAUUCCAGUGUGAAGUUUGUACAAAAUCGUUUAUUUCUAAUGGCGUCCUGACGAAACACAAACGAAUCCACUCUGGGGAAAAACCUUUCAGUUGUGAUGUGUGUGGAAAAUCAUUUGUGAGGAAAUAUGAUGUAACAAUCCACAGACGAAUCCACACGGGAGAGAAACCCUAUCAUUGUGGAAUCUGCGGGAAAUCUUUUGUCUCGAAUAGCGAUUUGACAACACACAAACGGAUCCAUAGUGGGGAAAAGCCGUAUCACUGUGAAAUCUGCGGGAAAUCCUUUUUUAAUAACAGUGGCUUAACAGUACAUAAACGAAUGCACACAGGGGAGUCCCCCUAUCGUUGUGAAAUAUGUGGGAAAUAUUUCGUGAAGAGCAGUAAUUUAACAACGCAUAAACGAAUUCACACUGGGGAAAAACCUUAUCAUUGUGACAUAUGUGAGAAAUCUUUCUCUGAUAAAUCUAGUCUUGCGUUCCAUGAAAGACAACACUCUGGGGAAAAACCAUAUCGUUGUGAAAUUUGUUCAAAAUCGUUCUCUCAGAAAUCUAGGCUUGUAGUUCAUGAAAGACUACAUAUUGGAAUAAAACCAUAUCAUUGUCAAAUAUGUGAAAAAUAUUUUGUCUCAAAUAUUGGUCUCAAAAAACACUUAAGAAUACACACGGGGGUAAAACCGUUUCACUGUGACAUUUGUGGGAAGUCUUUCACGCAAAAUUCUGGUCUUCAUAUCCACAAACGUAGUCACACGGGAGAGAAACCUUACCAUUGCGAAAUCUGUGGGACAUGGUUUGUGUCUAGCAGUGACUUAACAAGGCACAUACGGAUCCACACGGGAGAAAAACCUUUCCACUGUGAAAUCUGUGGAAAAUCUUUUACUCAGAGUUCUAGUGUUGUUAUCCACAAACGAAGCCAUGGAGGACAAAAGACAUUAUUAUCAAAAGGGGAAAUGGCUUUUAAUCAACAACAAAUCAAUCAACGAACUUUCUUCAGCCUUCUCCACUCUUCAUUUGGACUUUAUACCAAACAUUCUACUGACGUUUGUCUACUUUUUAAGAAUUCCUCAAGAAAUAAUAUGGAGACCGUUGAUCACUUGGACACAAUUGUUUUGAACGAUACAGAUACAGAUCGAGAGACAGACGGGGAUGAAACAGCUGAAAUGAACAAUAUUCCUGAAUUUCGCUGCAAGAUUUGUGGGGAGGCAUUUUCUUCAGAAGAUGAAGUCUUCUCACACGAAAAAAUACACAAGAAGAAGAAACGGUUCCGUUGUGAUAUAUGUGGGAAAUCGUUUCACAGAAAUUAUGAUCUUGAAAAUCACAAACGUAGUCACACUGGGGAAAAACCUUUCCACUGUGAAAUUUGUGAGAAAUCUUUUGUCUCAAACAGAGAUUUGAUAACACACGUAAGAGUCCACACAGGGGAAAGACCGUUCCGUUGCGAAAUAUGUGAGAAGUCUUUUGCUUCAAAUAGCGUCCUAACAAGACACAAACGGAUACACUCUGGGGAAAAACCAUUCCAAUGCGAAGUCUGUGGGAAAUCUUUCGUUUAUAUAAAUGAUCUGACAGUCCACAAACGAACACAUACCGGAGAAAAGCCGUAUCACUGUGAAAUCUGUGGGAAAUCUUUUGUUAAUAACAGUAAUUUAACGACGCACAGAAGUAUACAUACAGGAGUUACACCCUAUCGUUGUGAGAUAUGUGGGAAAUAUUUCGUGAAGAGCAGUAAUUUAACGAGACAUAAACGAAUUCACUCUGGGGAAAAACCUUAUCAUUGUGACAUAUGUGAGAAAUCUUUCUCUGAUAAAUCUAGUCUUGCGUUCCAUGAAAGACAACACUCUGGAGAAAAACCAUAUCGUUGUGAAAUUUGUUCAAAAUCGUUCUCCGAGAAAUCUAGGCUUACAGUUCAUGAAAGACUUCACACGGGAAUAAAACCAUAUCAUUGUCAAAUAUGUGAAAAAUAUUUUGUCUCAAAUAUUGGUCUCAAAAAACACUUAAGAAUACACACGGGGGUAAAACCGUUUCACUGUGACAUUUGUGGGAAGUCUUUCACGCAAAAUUCUAGCCUUCAUAUCCACAAACGUAGUCACACGGGAGAGAAACCUUACCAUUGCGAAAUCUGUGGGACAUGGUUUGUGUCUAGCAGUGACUUAACAAGGCACAUACGGAUCCACACGGGAGAAAAACCUUUCCACUGUGAAAUCUGUGGAAAAUCUUUUACUCAGAGUUCUAGUGUUGUUAUCCACAAACGAAGCCACACGGGACAAAAGACUUUAUUAUCGUAAAAUAUGGAGGAAAUCUUUAGUUUCUGGUCGUGACUUAACACAGCACAAAAUUACUUAUAAAUGAUAUAAUAAUAAUAAUAAUAAUUGCAGCGUGGAAGGUGUUUGUAAGCCAUUUAAGAAACACACAAAAGACGUUCGAUUCACUUCAACAUUUAAGUUUAAUUUGUCAAAAUAUUUU